AUGGCAAAGACCGAUAUUGAAGAUGCAUUCCGAAUCAUUCCAAUUUGCCCAGAAGAUUAUCAUCUACUAGGGUUUUCUUGGCAAGGAAAAUAUUACUUUGACAAAUGUCUCCCAAUGGGGGCAAGUAGUUCUUGCCAGAUAUUUGAAAAAUUCAGUGUAGCUCUACAGUGGAUACUACAGUCAAAAUUCGGGGCUGGGGGAAUGUCACAUAUUCUGGAUGACUUCUUCUUUAUUGGACCUGCAAACUCUGAAAGCUGUAAGAACGACUUAACAAAUUUCCUCUUUCUGUGCAAAAAUAUUGGUGUCCCUAUCAAAAUGUCAAAGACACAGACUCCAACUACAAAAAUUAUAAUCUAUGGUAUCGAAAUUGAUUCCGACAAAAUGGAAGCACGGCUACCAGCGGACAAAAUUAACAAGAUUAAAAUGCAUUUGGUAGAACUUUUACAAAAAGAUCAAACUACAUUACGUGAACUUCAAUCUCUGAUUGGUUUACUCAAUUUCGCGUGCUCAGUAGUGGUCCCAGGGCGUGCUUUUCUCCGACGCAUGAUUGAUCUAACUUGUGGAGUAACUGAACCUGCAUCACACAUUCACUUAACUAGGGAAACAAAAGCAGAUAUGGAAACAUGGCUAUCUUUCAUAAGCUGCUUUAACGGGAAGUCAGUUUUUUCCUCAAAAGUGGUUGUCCACAGAACACCUUACCCUUUACACAGAUGCAUCAGGGUCAUUGGGCUUUGCGGCGAUUUUAGGUAA